AUGGCCUCCUCCCCCCAGCCGGCCUCUCCCAGGCGUAGUCGUGGUUUCAGCUCCAGCGGUCGCUCUGAGAAAUCUCAUCGCUCCAGCGGUUCGGGCCCUAAAAUCCAGCUCACUGAAACUGCAGAAGAGAAAGCUCGUCGCAGUCUUCAGACCAAGGCCGAUCCGAUGAUUGCAAUGAGUGAGGCCCAACCAAAUUUGGUUGCUCUUGAGAAAUCAAAUCUGGGUAGCUUGCGCUCCAUUCAGCAUAAAGAUCAAUAUGGCAACUUAAUCACCGACCCCGAUCUGUCAAACCCAACUCGCCCUCGAUUUGAACGUCCCUUAGAUACUAUCCGUUCAUUCGAAGCUGCGAUUUAUGGCCCAUAUAGCAGCAGACCCGCUUCUUAUGCGAGAACUGCGGAUGAACCUAGCGCAGAUUAUAACCGACGAAGCAGCUACUACACAGGUAUUUGCGCGCCCUACACCGAUUUAUUGCUUGGACCGAACCAGAACUCCAACCGAGCCUACAACGACCAAGGAGGCCAAUACAACGGACGUCCCAACUACUCGAGACCGAGCAGCUACAUCGAUAAUGGAAACGGCUACCAUAAUGGUAGCGGCCCCCCGGAGAAUUACUAUCCGUACACUCAGAGUGGUGGUAGCCGGCGACCCCGUUUCCCCCAGCAUCGCGCUUACACCGACCAACCCACGUAUGUCCAAAAUCAACAGAACGGAUACUACAAGUCGUCCGAUAACUUUACCGCGGGCUCGGGUUCUGGGUCCGGAAGCAACCCCGAUCAAUGGGGCAAUUCGACUGAUCCCAGCUCGGUAAACAGCUCUAUCGACCAGCUUCAGCAGCAGCAGCAGCAGCAGCAGCAGCAACAGCAACAACAGCAGGAGAAAGCGGUUGCCGACAGCUAUGGCUUCAACGGAUUUGGACCUGGUCCGGAUUUUAGCAACACUGCAGUAUCGGCUGACGCGGCCGGGAACGCCAGCUACGGUCGCGCUGCACCGCCAGCGAUGGAUCCAAACAUGGGCGGUCCAGUAGGUGGACCGCCUGCAGCUGCAGCCCCGUCUCUCGCAGGUGGUGCUCGCCACCUCCAGCGUAAGAUGGGAAACAGUGUCUCGGAUACGGGCGACAACACGAAAAGGCGAAGCUGGUUCAAGCGAAGGUUCAGCAAGAAUUAA